ACCAAUCUUCCAGUAAAACCAGCUCGACGAGCUCGUCCGGCCAUUGAAAUGAUCCCAUUUUUUAAGCAGGUGUACUUUGUGUGUGUCGUUGCUCUGCUGCAGUCUCACAACAACAUCAUGUCUGUGUGUGACUUGCUCCAAUGCCUCGGCUGACGACACUGGUCCACGCCAAAGGUCAGCCGGCGGGUGCUGGCCGGGGAGCAGGAGAGAGCUGGGACUGUAAAUGGAUGGAGGAAGAAAAAGAGAGGGAGAGCAGAACUCAAACUCCAGCUGACAGUCGCACAGCUCAUUGGUCCCAGGCUCUGCAGACACUGAGACCCUGGAGAGACUGGUGCAGUCUCGCUCCAGUCGGUGCAGUGUGGUUGUUCUGUCAGGUGGAGGCGCCGUCGGCUGACGUUUCCUGGAGGCUCCUGUUAGUGUGUGCAGCGUGGCUGCUUCUGGGAGGCUGUGUUUAUGCCCUGAGGUGCUCCCUGGGGCCAGCACAGAACCAGAAGGAGCAGCCUCCAGAGAGGAUACAGCAGGAGGUGGUGAUGGAAAACAGAAAUAUCCAGUAUUCAAUGUCGCCUCAGUCAAGGAGCCCACGCCGUCACAUUCCUCUGGCCCUUUCCCUGGCCAAGAGUCUGCUGCUGUGUUUGCUCCAGGAGCCUCUACCAGACCCCAGUGUCCCCCACAUUCAGACUCUUCUCUCCAGACUAGAGUCAGUGUCUCAGGCUCUUGCUGAUGCUGACCCUGGAUCAGAGAAGAGAUCACCGGAUGAGGACGAACAAGACUCCGCACUGACAGACAAAGUGAAGCUCAUCCGCAGAUACCUACAGCAGAGGAUGAGGUCACUGCGUGCUCUCGUCCAGGUGCACGGGGAUUUUGAGGCCAGUGUGAAGGACAUGCUGGAGGGACUCGACGGCCUCUGGGCUCAACUGGAGGAGCUGCACACUGGGGUCACACUCACUAAAGAGGGGGGCCAAGACCACGGGGACCUGGCCUUGGCCCGGACAGACGCAGAGAAUUUGUUUUCAGUCCUGGGUCACUACAGGAACCGACUUCACAGCUGCCAGACUCAUCUGAAGGAUGUCACACAGCUUUUGCAGGAGUUAACGUGGAGUCACACUCACAUAAGCAACAGUGUGAGCGGCAGCAGUGAGUCCGUCUGGCCCGAGUUGUUACUCCAGUCCAACAUUGAGCAGUUUGACAAGGUGCAGGAGAGUUUCUUCUCUCUGGAGCAGCAGACCUCGACGUUCCAGGCCCACCUGGAGGGGCUUUGGAAGGGGAAUCAGGAAGAACACACAAGGGCCCUCGCUGCUGCUGCUGCUGCUGCAAACGAGGCCAAGUCAUGCGCCGUGUCUCCACAGACGUCCCCACAUCUCCAUAACGGACGCACAAGCGGCGCAUCGUCGGAGCCUUGCAACUCGGCCUCCUCAGUGGAUCCGGAUUCAGACUCUGAAUCUCGUCACUCUCUGUGUGAGAGGUCGGCUCUGCAGUUCUCCUCCACUUUUGGACGCCUGCGUAUAUCUGGAAAGAAGAAGUGAUUUAAAAAAAAAAAAAAAUACAUACAUAUAUAUAUAUAUACAUAUAUAUGUAUACAUACAUAUACAUAUAUAUAAAUAAGGUUGUUUACUUUCAAAUGUUGAUCAUUUGCUGGUUGUCUGAAAAUUGUGUAUUUAUUGAUUUUUGUGACUAUGCCACUUUUUGCCUUUGUUGUUUUACAACUCAAAUUGCUGUUUUUAUUUCUUUUCAAAGACGAGAGAGUGUGUAGGCACUGACUGUUUUUUAACAUCUCGAACACAAGGGGGCGCACUUCCACCAGUUAUUCAGCUUUAAGUGUGUUACAGAGAACAUACUGUGUAUAUAAGGGCUCCUCAAACAGGUGGCCCAUAGGUGUGUUAUUUAAAGUUUGGUCAGCCACAGCUUAUGUCUCAAGAAUCUUUUUAAUCAUUUAUUUAAGUCUCAGGAAUAAGUUUUAUGUGUAUUUUUUUUUUUUUCCUGUAUUUUCCUUUCCAUCGACCAUUCUUUGUACUCUGUGCAAAAAAUUCCUUUUAAUAAUUCCGCUUCCUGUGUUGACACCGUAAACAACACCCUUUGCAGCUCUUAUAAAUAAAAUAUUUCCCCCUCCACCUAA